CAGAUGAGUUGGUGAUAAUAGGUGAUAGAUCAUAAAUCUGCACUUUAUCAUUUAGUCUCUAUAAUGUGGGGUGUACAAAGGGCGUGCGCCAAAACCUGGUGAACUCGCUUUGCAGCCGGCAAACUCUCUAGUUGCAACACGAAGUUCUGAGAGAUAACGUCGUUGUCCAAACUUCGGAACGACACGCCCACUAUUUCGCGCUUUUUGUGAAUUGUGAUGAAUUCAAUUUACUUUUAUUUUAUCCACCACCUAAUUAACAAAGUGUUGCCAUUCUUUGAGGGAUAGUCUUUAUUAACUUUUGUUUUGAAAAAAAAUUGAGUCCGGUGUGAUAAAUUCAGCGUUUUGACUUUUACGUAAAAAGUGGGAGUGGUGUUGUGAAUAAUAUAUGAAUUUCGGGAGGCCCUAGAGUAACCUUAAGUGUAUACUGCGUCCCUAGUGUGACACUGUAAAAGUGAAUAAUGCACUAAGUUGACAGAAUACCAGCAGCACAACUCCGGUCUAAUGAGUGCGGAACAGUGUUUGCCGAUUAACUCGGCUGUUUCUCGCUCGCUUUCCUCCGGCAUUAUUUCAUGUUUUCUGACAAUGCUCUUCUUCAACACAAUUGAAUGGACAAACGGCCUGCGUCUGAAAAACAUGAACGUGCCUCUCGUCGCCGAUUUUCGGCAAGAAAUGGACCUCGACUGCAACUUUGACAUGGGCGGUGAGGACCUGUACGCCGUUAAAUGGUACAAAGACGAUCAGGAAUUUUUUCGUUACAUGCCAAGUCGGCAACCCCACACAAUGUCGUUUCCUGUACCGGGAGUUCAUCUCGUACUAGACGGAACCAAUUGCAGUUUGGUACAUUGUAAAGUGCGCCUGAGGGACCUUACGAGGGACCAUAGUGGGGGGGCUUACCGGUGCGAAGUAUCAAGCGAAGCCCCAUUCUUUCGCUUAGCGGCGGCUACCCACAAUGUCACAGUUGCAGCUCUGCCACGAGAAAAUCCCAGGAUUGAGGGCUUAACAACAUCUUAUAUGGAGGGUGAUACCGUUGAAGCUAAAUGCGUUUCUGAUCCUGCUGACCCUACCCCGAUACUGUCCUGGUAUAUAAAUGGAGUCGAGGCCCCUGCCAAGUCGAUCGGCGAAAUGACGAGCUCGGAACCGGAUGGCUCAGGCCUCGUUUCGCGUUCUCUAAGUUUGAGUUUCGUGGCCGAACGGAAACACUCCCGUGGGGACAGUAUCGAGCUCCGCUGCAUGUCCUCACUGCCAGGGGUGCCGCUCUCUCCCCAAGAAACAACGCUCAAAAUUCCCGUAAGGGUUCCAGACGCUCAAGUUAUCAACAACCAAAAACUACAUUGGUUCAAUUCGCCAACGCCAGCCACGGCAAACACGCCCAAAGCCGCUUGGAUGCUAGUGGUGGCCAGCGUCGUGCGAUGGGGUCUGACGGCCUUUGGAGACGACGUCCGAUAAGUAGUGAUUGCACUGACUGAGGUGGACUUUUAACUUUUGAAGGGAAAUUGAUUGAGUGCGUUAAAUAAUACUACUUAGGUAUUUUUAGAACCUAGUUGAAAAAAAUAUGCCGAGUGAGAGUUGGAAAAGUCAUAUCAAUCCAGUUACUGUAACUUAAUUUUUAUUACAAUUGUUCGAUUCAAAUUCACGAUAUCAUAAAACUGCACUCUAGACUUGACUGUUAUUUGUGAUAAUUGAUGUAUAUGUGCUAAAUAAACCCGACUUCUGUCUUC